AUGCCACCCCGAAAGCGAGACUAUGACGACCACACAAGCGAUAACGGACCGUCGUCUCCAGACGCACCUCCUUCGUCGCUUCCCCCGUCGUCGCCUCCAAAUUUGCCGUUCGACGACGACGAAGAUGCCCCUUUGUUUGACGAAAAUGACAUGAUCGACGACUUGGACGAAGCGCUAGAAGAAGAAGACGGCGAGGAUCUGUUUGGAGAAAACAUGCAUCGCGAUUAUAACGAGUCUGCUGGUCAGGAUACGUAUGAUUUAGGUGCAGAACACAUUGACGACAACGACUAUGAUGCAUUGGACCCCGCAGAAAGACGACGGGUAGAUGCUCUCCUUGACCGUCGUGAUGGUGCGCUGAGCGAGCGACGGUCGGGUCGGAGCGGUGCGUUUCUGGAUGAUGAUCAGUUUGGCGGUGACCAGGGAGAUAUUGCUCUGCCAAGUCGCCGCCGUAGACGCAACCAGUUCGACGAUGGUGAUUCGGGCGACUCGGACGACUCAGAUGACGACCCAAUGAACCAGCCGCUGGGGCUAGAGGCCCUUGCUGACGUGAAGGCCGAUUCAGUUGCUGAAUGGGUCACCCAGCCUAUUGUGCACAAGUCUAUUGCUCGAGAGUUCAAGAAUUUCCUGCUCGAGUAUACUGACGAAAAUGGCCGGUCUGUUUAUGGUACUCGAAUCCGCACCUUGGGUGAGGUCAAUUCCGAAAGUUUGGAGGUCAAUUAUGCUCAUUUGCUCGAGUCCAAAGCUAUUCUCGCUUACUUUCUUGUGGUUGCCCCGGCAGAGGUGUUGAAAAUCUUUGACGUCGUGGCAAUGGAGGCUAUUGAGCUGCAUUACCCUUAUUACACGCAGAUCCACUCUGAAGUCCAUGUGCGUAUCUCUGGCUUGCCCACCACGUUUUCUCUGCGUGACUUGCGUGAGAAUCAGCUCAACAGCCUUGUCAGAGUCACAGGAGUCGUUACUCGGCGAACAGGUGUUUUCCCCCAACUGAAAUACAUUAAAUUCGACUGUCCAAAGUGUGGACAAGUGUUGGGACCUUAUAUUCAAGAUUCACAGGCUGAGGUGCGUAUUUCGUUCUGCCAUAAUUGCCAGAGCCGGGGCCCGUUCUUGUUGAACAGCGAAAAGACGUUGUAUCGCAAUUACCAGCGUAUCACCUUACAAGAGAGUCCUGGAACUGUUCCUGCAGGCCGUCUGCCUCGACACCGUGACAUUGUUCUGUUGUGGGAUCUCAUCGACCAAGCAAAGCCUGGCGAUGAAGUCGAUCUUACGGGUAUUUAUAAGAACGCAUACGACGGUAUGCUUAAUGCAAAGAACGGGUUCCCUGUGUUUGCCACAAUUAUUGAAGCAAAUCUUGUUUUGAGACGCGAAGCUGGCCGGGUUGGAGAGGUUCAGCUGAGCGACCUCGAAGAAAGGGAGAUCGUCCAACUUAGCAAAGACCCGCAAAUCGUCAACAAGCUCAUCAGCUCGGUUGCACCUUCUAUUUAUGGCCACAAAGAUAUCAAGACGGCUAUUGCCUGCUCGUUGUUUGGCGGUGUUCACAAGGAAACAGGCAAAGUGACCCUGCGUGGUGAUAUCAAUGUUUUGCUGCUUGGUGACCCGGGAACGGCAAAGUCACAAUUGCUCAAAUACGCUGAAUCCACCGCCCAUCGUGCAGUGUUUGCCACUGGCCAGGGUGCGUCCGCUGUAGGUUUGACAGCCUCCGUUCGCAAGGAUCCCAUCACACGAGAAUGGACUCUGGAGGGCGGUGCAUUGGUUCUUGCCGACAAGGGCACCUGCCUGAUCGAUGAGUUUGACAAAAUGAAUGACCAAGACCGUACAUCGAUUCACGAAGCUAUGGAGCAGCAGAGUAUCUCGAUUUCGAAAGCAGGUAUCGUUACAUCCCUGCAGGCCCGAUGCGCGGUCAUUGCUGCCGCUAAUCCUAACGGCGGCCGCUACAAUGCGACCAUUCCGUUUGCUCAAAACGUUGAUCUCACAGAACCCAUUUUGUCGCGUUUUGAUGUGCUCUGCGUCGUGCGUGAUAUCGUUGAGCCCGAGAAAGACGAACGGCUGGCCCGGUUUGUUGUUGACUCGCACUCAAAGGCGCACCCCGAUGGGUCUCAUCCAGGUGAACAGGACGAUGACGAACUCACAUCAAUGGAGGGCCCAAUCUCGCAGGAUAUGCUUCGCAAAUACAUCCACUACGCUCGCACCCACAUCAAGCCACAGCUGCUCCGGCUAGACCAGGAGCGAAUUGCCAGCUUGUACAGCCAGCUUCGUAAAGAAUCCCUGGCGACCGGGUCUUUCCCCAUCACCGUGCGGCAUCUGGAGUCAAUCAUUCGACUUGCCGAGAGCUUUGCCAAGAUGCGGCUCAGCGAGUAUGUGUCCAAAAUCGAUGUGGACAGAGCGGUCAGGGUGACAGUGGACUCGUUCAUUGGUUCUCAAAAGGCGAGCGUUCGUCGCAACCUCGCCCGCAGCUUUGCCAGGUUCACAAACUAG